AUGGAUCUCAGAAGCUGCAGUGUGAGAGAUCCAAACGGUGGUCCUGGUUCGAUCCAUCUUCACCGCAUGGAUGCCGCAGCCCCAACAACGGCACUGUUAUCCUCCUCCUCCUCAUCCUCAUCAUCUCCACCAUCAUCUCCAAUGCGAGAGCUGGAUUCCUCUUCCCUGUCAACAUCCUUGAACGCCAUGUGUACGUCAGGGAAUCGCUCUCUGCAUGAAUGCCGCCAGUAUCUGUCAAACUGCGACUCAGCUGCCGGUGACAGUCCCGACAUCAAAAAGCUACGGCGAAAGAACGCCGCAUUGAACUUGAACCAGUCCCAGAUGUCCCUGGACCACCACUACGAGUACCCAUUCUCGGUCUCGUCGGUAGCGUCAAGUCCUCCGCCAUUAUCCCCGUCGCAUUCACCCAGCGCUCUAAGCGAGCAGCCUGAGAGCCUGGAUGGCUUCCUCCGUAUGGGCUAUCACCGCCAUAUAUCUCCAGUAGACCUGUGCUUACUUGCGGAUAUAGCCCCGGGGACCCCCGGCUCCGUAGACGAUCAUAUAUACCUCAAUCAGAACCCCCACAAGAUCCUGGAUACGUUCCGGGAUCGACUCGAGAGAUACCCGGACUCAGAUCCCAAACCAGUCCCACGCAAUCCCCCAGCAUCUGUCCACAGACACACAAAGCGAUACUCAGACUCGAUGCUCCUCAAUGUCAAGCAGCCCACCACAACCAUCAUCCAUCAAGGUACAUCGUUCGAGAUCCUCAAUCCCCAUGAAUCUCUCCACUUCGCUCGCAUCGUCUCGUACAUCGAAGACGUCGACAGCUUCUCCACAGGCCACAACAGGGACUCCUACAUCUCAUUCACCGAAGACACCGUGAUCAUCGAAUCGGACGCUUGGUCCUACGACCCGCCGCCACAACCCCGCACCCAAACCAACACGGAAGAAGCCUUUGAAGAAGAGAACCGAAAGUCCCAACUCGAUAUCGGCGACACCCAAGGUCUCCACCACCACCUCAUGCCCUCCAUCAACGAGCUCCUCGAAGAAACCACCCUCAACAUGACCCGCCACCUCGCCUCCAAACCCAGACAAUGCGCCAGUCCAGCCAACGAAAGCGAUCUCGGCGAGCCGGGAGACCCCAUCUACGACGAUAACCACCCCAUGAUCCCCCAGGAAGGUCUCUGGCAAUUCGAUAUCGGCAUAGACCCAGCCACCAAGCCCCCCUCAAACGAACAAUCCAUGACUCCACGAACCGAGAUCAAAAUCCACCGUCGUCCAACCCGGAGGUCAACCGCCAGUCGCAAGCGCAGGGGUCCCUUGCGGAGACUCUACGGGUUGUUUCGCAGGAAGGCCGGGAAGUAG